CACAGGAAAUAAACAACUGUACAUAAGUCUUUCCCCCUUUGCGUCUGCUUCCAACUGACACUCCUACAUACACACAUUGCAAUUAACAGUUACAUUUGGAAAAAAGAAGAAAGCAAGAAGAAAAGGAAAAGAAAGAACUGAAAGAGCACCAAAAAGUAGUCCCAUUAAGUCUUUUUGCUUCAAAUCUUGAACUUUUGUUGAAUCCCUUUUAAAUGCUUUCAAGUAAUUUUCUUCUUUUGCUCAAUCUAUAAGUUAAAAAAGACAGUUUUUAGGGUACUAAAAAAUGUCAACUUUUGACACUGCUAUCACUGACAUAGAGGCAAAUGGCAGUGGUGACAAUGCUAAUCUUCGCCGUCAUCACCGCCGUCAACGGCGCCGGCGCCGGAUACGGAGACCAUCUAUGGCAGGGAGCAGCGAGACGACUACUGAUGGCAGCUUCCGGUUCUCUGAUUCUGAUUCCGACCAGUCUUGGCACUCCCCUUUAGGCUCUGUGGCAGGUCGGUCCUACCGUUUCGAGGAAUGUGGGUCCUCUAUGAGGACUGAGGGCAAUUUGGUCAAUUGUGAGCAGAGCAAGAGAUCAGGGGCUUGUGGUUUAGUGGCUGAUGAAGAGAUUGAUUUGGAGAGUGGUGAAUUGGAGUUGAAGGUGCAUAAUAAAGAAGAGAAAAGUUGUAGAAUUUGUCAUUUGAGUUUGUUGAAAUGUGGUGGCAUUGGUGAUGAUGACCAACUCUUAGAACCCUCUGGAGGAAUGGCAAUUGAAUUGGGCUGUUCUUGCAAAGGUGAUUUGGCUGCUGCUCACAAGCACUGUGCUGAAACUUGGUUCAAAAUCAAGGGAAACACCAUUUGUGAAAUCUGUGGUGCGACAGCACUGAACGUUACCGGAGGGCAGGCAAAUGAAGCCAACAAUGCUACAAUAACCACCAUGGGAGUAUCAAAUGCACCUGUAGUCCUUUCUGAAACCCGAAGAUUCUGGCAUGGGCGACGCGUCAUAAAUUUCCUGCUUGCAUGCAUGAUUUUUGCCUUUGUCGUUUCAUGGCUUUUUCACUUCAAAAUAUUCCCCUGAAGUUUGUUUGAGAUCAUCCUGGCAGUACUUGUUUUGAUUGACAUCACUAACAACUCAACCCCGGGGGAUUUAUGAUGUAGAGGUAUAUUUGGCUGAGGAAUUUUCAGCUGUUAUUUGAGUUGCGGAGUUAUAUCCAAGGGUAGGGGUAAGGCUGCGUACAUCUCACCCUCCCCAGAUCCCAAAAUACACAGUCGUUAUUGUUGUUGUUGUUGUAGUUAUAUCCAAGGCAAUGGAGGAUUUUGAUAAAUGUCAUGUGCUUCUCAAGAGCGUUCCUUCACGAUAAUUAUUUGAGAAAAUGACUUGUAACUGGGAAUGGAAGAUGACAAAGAGGAACAGUGACUUAUUUGUUCGUCAAACCCUUCACAAGGAAAGAAUUCUUACCAGCUAGGAGCGAACUCCAUAUCCAUGUUGAAAUCUCAUCUGUAUCCAUGUUCCAAAUUAAGCUGUGGUGAUGAUGCAGCGUAUCUGUUAUAUUUCAAUAUUGCACUUUCUGUACAAAUAUUUCAUGGUGCUUACUUGUGUGUUCAUGUUUUCCUGUUCCAAGUGUGUUCCAAUCAAUGAACCUUGCACUGCAAAUCGUUUGUGGAGGGUUCUUUUAUAUUUGAUCAUACUGUAAAACGAUAUUGUGGAUUUCAGUUGACUUUUGAAAGUUCUGAACUUCUGAUCCUUUAUAUUCUUUAUAUUCAAUUGGUUUCAUAUUUCCCCCAUAAGUGUAAUUAGCUUGCCAUACCAGGAGUCUAGAAGCACUGGCAAAGCAUGUGUUUGGAGAAGCAGUUCUCAAGCAACUGGAACAAUAUUAUGGUGUUUGUUUGAGUUUUGAGAAACUGAGUUUGCACCAUACUGAGGUGUUGAGACUUGAGACCAUGGAACUAACUUCUAGAAUUUCUCGGAUUUCAUUACAGACUUCUCUAUAAGUUUAUUACAGUUGUGGAGAUGAUACUAGUUCAAAAACAAGUUUGAUGCUUGCUAGUACAGAUUACUCUGUGUUUUAGAGUAGCAUAUAUGUACUUCUUCAAGUUGACAUAUUGUUGUCUCCGUGCAGCUUGGGCAUUGUGAAGUGGAUAGAGUUUGUGUCAAUGUGUAACUUUGCUGGUACCAUAGCAUAUGUUAUAAUAUCUCACAUUGGUUGAGGGUA